AUUUGAACUCUUCAGCUCAUCUAUCGCUUGAAUUGGAUCUUUUAUAUUGAACAUAGAGAUCCUCUGUUACUCUCACUGUCGCAGUAUAUUACACCCUCGAGCGACAGCGCACACACAAGAACCGGUUGACCAACCCCGCCUUGCACGAACGAGCAAGAGCUUCCUUCCUUCUAUACCCCGAUUGAUCCAGUCCAAUUCGAACGAAAAAACGAACAGAUUGAAAUCAUGUCUGUCCGCGCACAAUUCGAGAAUUCAAACGAGGUCGGUGUCUUCUCUAGACUUACCAACUCGUACGCGCUUGUCGCUGUUGGUGCUUCAGAGAAUUUUUACAGUGUCUUCGAAGCCGAACUCCAGGACGUCAUCCCCAUCUGUCACGCUACGAUCGCCGGUACCCGGAUUAUCGGCCGUCUAACAGCUGGAAACCGCAAUGGCCUCCUCGUCCCCACAACAACCACAGACCAAGAACUGCAGCAUCUGCGGAAUACCCUUCCCGACCACGUCAAGAUCCAACGGAUAGAAGAGCGUCUCUCGGCAUUGGGGAAUGUCAUUUGCUGCAAUGACCAUGUCGCCCUUGUGCAUCCGGAUAUCGAGCGUGAGACCGAGGAAAUAAUCGCCGACGUUCUUGGCGUCGAAGUCUUCCGCCAGACCAUCGCCGACAACGUCCUGACAGGCUCCUACAUGGCCCUCUCCAACCAGGGCGGUAUCGUCCACCCCAAGACCUCCAUCCGUGACCAGGACGAACUUUCUUCCUUGCUGCAGGUGCCCCUUGUCGCUGGUAGUGUGAACCGUGGUAGCCCCGUUGUUGGUGCUGGGAUGGUCGUUAACGACUGGUUGGCUGUGACUGGUCUUGAUACUACUGCGACGGAGCUGAGUGUUGUUGAGAGUGUGUUCCGGUUGGGUGAGAUGGGUCCUCGUGGUGUGGGUAUGGGUGAGGCGAAUAAGGAGAGUAUCGUGGAGAGUUUCUAUUAGAUCCUUCACCUCUUUUUUUGUUCAUGCAUUCUGUCUUUUAACGGGGAAUAUCAUUAAUGCAUUGAUGUCUUGUC